AUUCCACACAGGAAGGUCACACCAUCCCCCACCAUCAUCAGAGUGGAAACCUGAGAGAAGUUGAGAUAAAAGUGGAGGACGAGGACUAUGGUGUAAUAGAGAAGCUUUCUGAAGGACACAAGGAUCUGAUGGAGCCACCUAAUGACAGGAACCUCCCAGAGAGAUGUCCUCAUCCUCUGUAUUCCCGGGAUUCCACACAGGAAGAUCAUAACUACGCAAAACAUCAUCAGGGUGAAAAUAAUAUUGUUGUUGAAGAGGAGGCUGAUGGGGUGAUGGAGACGCCGGAGUUUCUCCAAUACGAGUUCGAGACCAUCACGGUGGAGUCAUCCAGCUACAUAAACCCACCAGAGAGAUGUCCCCGUCCUCUGUAUUCCUGGGAUUGCACACAGGAAGAUCACAACUACGCAAAACGUUAUCAGGGUGAAGAUCUGAUGAACGUGAAAGUUGAGUGUGAAGUAGAAGAGAUGUGUGUGUGGGAUGAUCAUCAAUUUACGGAGGAGGAUGGAAUGAUGAGGACAUUCGUAGAGGAGGACACUCCUACAGAGAUCAGCACAGGACACGCCAUGGAGAAACCCUCAGAGGAUCGUCUCACUUUAUCUCCAGGUUGUAAAAUGGAAGAUGAGGACAUCACAGGAGAUUGUGGAGGAGAAAAGACAAUGAGCUCCACUAUGGAUGGAGGACUUCACAGUGUGGAUAGACCAUGGAAUCCCUCUGACUCUGAGCAACCUCGUACUGUGGGGGACGGGGCUGGAAUUCAGGGAGAGGAGACAUUUCCCUGUCCUGAAUGUGGGAAAUUUUUUACCACAAGCUUAAGUCUUUUUAUACAUCAGAUAUCUCACAAGCAGGCGGGAUUUCAUUCCUGUUCUGAGUGCGGGAAAUGUUUUCUAAGUGAAGCACAUUUGGUCAGACAUCAGAGAACGCACAACGUUGAGAAGUCGUAUUCCCGCCUUGAGUUUGGGAAACAGUUUCUUCGUGUAUCAGAACUAAAGCAACACUACAGAUCCCCCCCGGGUGAGAAGCCAUAUUCAUGCCCUGAGCGCGGGAAAUGUUUUUCACAGGAAUCACAACUUGUUGUACAUCAAACCGUUCAUACUGACGAGAAACUGUACCCCUGUCCUGAGUGCGGGAAAUGUUUUUCACAGGAAUCACAACUUGUUGUACAUCAAACCGUUCAUACUGAGGAGAAGCCGUAUUCCUGUCCUGAGUGCGGGAAAUGUUUUUCACAGGAAUCACAACUUGUUGCACAUCAAAUAGUUCAUACUGACGAGAAACCGUACCCCUGUCCUGAGUGCGGGAAAUGUUUUUCACAGGAAUCGCAACUUGUUGUACAUCAAACCGUUCAUUCUGAGGAGAAGCCGUACCCCUGUCCUGAGUGCGGGAAAUGCUUUUCAAGCAAAUUAGAACUUGUUGUACAUAAAAGACAUCACACAGGGGUGAAACCUUAUCCCUGCUCUGAGUGUGGAGAAAGUUUUAUUUCCGACUCAAAACUAAAUAAACACUACAUGUCCCACACGGGGGAGAAACCCUCAAAGGAUCGUCUCACUUUAUCUCCAGGUUGUAAAAUGGAAGAUGAGGACAUCACAGGAGAUUGUGGAGGAGAAAAGACAACGAGCUCCACUAUGGAUGGAGGACUUCACAGUGUGGAGAGACCAUGGAAUCCCUCCGACUCUGAGCAACCUCGUACUGUGGGGGAUGGGGCCAGAAUUCAGGGAGACGAGACAUUUCCCUGUCCUGAAUGUGGGGAAAGUUUUAGCUCUGAGCAAAUUUUCUCUGUUCAUUCCUGUUCUAAGUCCGAUACAUUUCUUCGUCAUGAAUCGGAACCUGUCGGACAUCAGAGUUCUCACACAGGAAAGAAGUCUUAUUCCUGCCCAGAGUGCGGGAAAUGCUUUGUUCGUAAAGCAAAACUGGACAUACAUUACAGAUCACACACGGGUGAGAAGCCGUUUUCCUGCCGUGAGUGUGGGAAAAGUUUUUCGGAUAGUUACAGCCGUUGCAGACAUCAGAGAUCGCACACGGGUGAGAAGCCACAUUCAUGCUCUGUGUGCGGGAAAUGUUUUGCAGAGAAGUCUGAUCUUUACAAACAUCAGAGAUUGCACACGGGUGAGAAGCCACAUUCAUGCUUUGAGUGCGGGAAAUGUUUUGCAGCGAAGUCUGAUCUUUGCAAACAUCAGAGAUUUCACACAGUUGAGAAACCAUAUUCCUGCCCUGAGUGCGGUAAAUGUUUUCUCCAAAAUUCAGGACUAGUCAGACAUCAGAGAUCUCACACAGGGGAAAAGCCGUAUUCCUGUCCUGAGUGCGGGAAAUGCUUUUCAAGCAAAUUCGAACUUGUUGUACAUAAAAGACAUCACACAGGGGAGAGGCCCUAUUCCUGCUCUGAGUGUGGAAAAAGUUUUAUUUCCAACUCGAAACUAAAUAAACACUACAUGUCCCACCUGGGGGAGAAACCCUCAAAGGAUUGUCUCACUUUAUCUCCAGGUUGUAAAAUGGAAGAUGAGGACAUCACAGGAGAUUGUGGAGGAGAAAAGACAAUGAGCUCCACUAUGGAUGGAGGACUUCACAGUGUGGAUAGACCAUGGAAUCCCUCCGACUCUGAGCAACCUUGUACUGUGAGGGAUGGUGCCGGAAUUCAGGGGGAGGAGACCUUUCCCUGUCCUCAAUGUGGGGAAAGUUUUAGCUCGGGUUUAGGUCUUUUUAUACAUCAGAUAUCUCACAAGCAGGCAGGAUUUCAUUCCUGUUCUGAGUGCGGGAAAUGUUUUCUAAGUGAAGCACAUUUGGUCAGACAUCAGAGAACUCACAAAGUUAAAAAUUAUUCCUGCCUUGAGUGUGGGCAACAGUUUGUUCAAAUAGCAAAACUAAACAAACAUUACAGAUCCCACACGGGUGAGAAGCCAUAUUCAUGCCCCGAGUGCGGCAAAUGUUUUUCACAGAACUCGCAACUUGUUGUACAUCAAAGAGUUCAUACAGGCGAGAAGCCCUAUUCCUGUCCUGAGUGCGGGAAAUGCUUUUCAAGCAAAUUACAACUUGUUGUACAUCAAAGACAUCACACAGGGGAGAGGCCGUAUUCCUGCACUGAGUGUGGAAGAUGUUUUAAAAUGAAAUCGACACUUACUGACCAUCAAAGAACUCACACAGGUGAGAAGCCGUUUUUCUGCUUUGAGUGCGGGAAAUGCUUUUCAAGCAGAUUAGGACUUGUUGUACAUAAAAGAUAUCACACAGGGGAGAGGCCGUAUCCCUGUCCUGAGUGUGGAAAAUGUUUUAUAAUGAAAUCGACACUUAUUGUACAUCAGAGAUCUCAUACAGGUGAGAAACCGUAUUCCUGUGCUGAGUGCGGGAAAAGUUUUUUUACUAAUUACUCACUUAUUAAUCAUCAGAGAGUGCACACGGGUGAGAAACCGUUUUCCUGCUCUGAGUGUGGCAAAUGUUAUAGCCAGAAAUAUCAUCUUACUAUACAUCAACAAUUUCACACGGGGGAGAAGCCGUAUUCCUGCUCUGAGUGCUGGAAAUGCUUUAGACUGAAAUCUCAACUUAAUAGGCAUCAACAAUCUCACACGAUGGAGAAGCCGUAUUCCUGCUCUAAAUGCGAGAAAUGUUUUCCACAUAAGUCUGCACUUACCAUACAUGAGAAGUCUCACACUAGCGAGAAGUCAUAUUGCUGUCCUGAGUGUGGGAAACGUUUUUUCCGGUGGGCUGAUGUUACUAGACACCAUAGUGAAUGCCGUAUGCAGAAACAGCUUCUUCCGUGUUCAGAAAGCGAGAAAUGUUAGCUACGGAAAUCAGAAAAUGUCAGACAUCAGAGAUCGCACAUGGGGGGAGCCGUGUUCCUGCCCUGUGCGGGAAAUGUUUCUUGCAGAAGUCUUGUCUUACCAAACAGAGAAUCAUAUUUUGCCGUACAUCCGAGAUCUCACACUGGGAAGAAGCUCACCUUGAUAUACACCUCAGAAAACACACGGCUGAGCGCUCCUCUGAUUUUUAUCAUGGAAGAAAGACCUUAUAAGGAAAUCAGAGAUUACUAAAGACUUCAAAGUUCUGUCUGGCUUCCUCUGCUAGGAAAAAGAAGGAGGGGGUGUCACUGCUGGUUGGGUCCCUCUAGGAGAGAGCAGGAGGGGGUGUCACUGCUGGUUGGGUCCC